GGAGAAAAUAAAUUGAUACAAACAUGAAACUACAUUUUGUCUUGAGAUAACACUAUGCAGUCACUAUUUAAUAGCACAAUUACAAAUUUCGUAUUACUUAGUAAUACUUACGGUUUAAACUUUGGGUACUUAAAUGAUUAUUGAACUAGACAAGAACCUUACAUGCGUUUUAGAUACCAAUCCAACCAUGUAUCUGAGUACUUGGACGUAAUAAUCUAAAAUAUAAAACGACAAAAACAAAGGAUGUAAAAUGAUUUGUGCUGUAACAAAGAUCUAAGCGCUUUGGUUCACUAGAUUUAAUUAAGAGAAUGAUAUUAUUUAGAAUUUACGCUCAUUACAACAUCAUAACUUGCCCAAAUUAAGAUGAAUAAUUGAAAUAUUGUAACUCAAAAAUUGAAAAGCAAACAUACUCAAUAUGUUUCUGGCCUGAAUGACAUGGAAAUCUAAGAAGGUGAACAACAAUCAAAUUCAGCUAUGCUGAGAGAAGACAUGAAAAUGAAACAAUAAUCAUUGAAGGGAAGAAAAAAGUAGAUAAUCUUAAUAUAUGUCUAAACAUGAUGAUAUAGAAUAACAAAUACAUGUAAAUUGUACUGAAGUAUAUAAAAGAGAUAUUUGCAAUAAAACCCCCAAUUCUUUUUGAGCUCACGUACUAAUAACCUAUUGAGAUAUUAUUGAGAUAUUCUCUUAAUGUUUUGUAUAUAUGGAUAACCGUGAGUUUAGGAAUUAGAUUAGAAUUACAGCUCUAGUUUCCUAUUUUCUAGUUUCCUGUUUUCUAUUCUUUUGUAUAUAUAUACGACUAAAAUAUAUCAAUAAGAUCAAGCCAUUCACGAUUUCUUCAUGGUACCAGAGCCACACGGCUAAGAUACACGAGGCAAUGGUUGUUGGUAACGAUACCACUAAGCCUCCACCUCCACCUAUCCCUUCUCGAAAUGACCACACGUCUCCUUUUUUCCUUGGCUCACAAGACAGGCAUGGAGAUCUCAUCACUCCGGUUCGUCUUCGACACGACAAUUACGAUGAAUGGGCAAGGACUGUGCGUCUUGCUCUGCUUUCCCGCCGGAAAUACGGCUUCGUCAACGGCAUGAUUAUGGAACCUCAAGCACCUUUCACAAUGGAGGAUUGGCUUACUAUCCAUUCGAUGCUUGUUUCCUGGCUAAUGAACACUAUUGAUCCGGAGGUUAAGUCUACUAUUUCUUUUUAUGAUGAUGCUAAACUUUUGUGGGAUGAAUUGCAGGCUCGUUUCUCAGUUGUUAAUGGCCCCCGAAUUCAACAGUUAAAAACUGAUUUGGCUAAGUGUGAGCAACCCAAGAUCAUGUCUGUUUCUUCAUACUUUGGAAAGCUAAAGGUUUUAUGGGAGAAAUUGGCUAACCAUGAACCCAUUAUUACCUGUAAGUGUGGCAAAUGUGAAUGUAAUUUGGGUAAAGAACAUGAAAAACGACGCAGUAAUGAGCGUUUUCAUCAAUUUUUGAUGGGUUUAAAUUCUGAUUAUUAUGCCCCAUUACGUACUACUUUGUUGUCUCAAGAACCUCUGCCUUCUCUUGAUCGUGCCUAUCAACAAAUUGCUCAAGAAGAACGUGUUCGUGGCAUUACUCAUGCUCGUGAAUCUCUACCGGAAGUGGUGGGUUUUGCUGUCCGUCCGGAAAGGCGCAGCCGAGCGAAACCAGAUAAGAUUGACAAAUCUGGGCUAUUAUGUUCUCACUGUCACCGAUCUGGUCAUGAUAUUGUUACCUGUUUUCAGCUUCUUGGGUAUCCAGAAUGGUGGGGCGAUAGACCUCGCACUCAAGGAAUCCCUUAUGCUCGUAGCAAAGGAGGUGGUGGCCGUGGUAUAGACUCACCCGCGGCUAGUCGUGGUCGAGGAGCCACUGUGCGAGCGGUGGCGGUAGACGGCAGCCACACUAUGGUUGGAUCUUCGGUCAAUGGGCAAAGAAACUCUUCCAAUGAUGCAGCCACCACGUCAAACACUGCUGCCUCUCUUCCUCACCUAAGUGCAACACAAUGGCAAACUAUCGCUACUAUGUUUGGUAAUACUCAUUCCUCUAUCGACCGUUUACAUGGACCGUCAUUCGAGGAAGCUGAUUGGAACGGGUGAACGGAGAGACGGACUUUACUACUUCCGGCCACCGUCUAUAAUGCAAGCUAUCUCAGUGGAUGGUUCUUCAUCUUCGUUGGAACUUUGGCAUCAACGUCUUGGACAUCCUUCAGAGAAAGUAGU